GCCCCCUCCCACCGGCUAUCACCCCUCCCAUCCCCCACGCCUCCAGUUUGUUAAAUUAAUGCAGUAAGAAAGUCUGAAGAUCUGAAGGAGUCUUGACCAAGGGAAGAUGAGCGAGCUCAGAAAACCGAGAUGCAUCUGAGGCGUUGGGCUCCUGAGCCCCGCGGGGUACCCAUGGAUCCCGGUAGCCCCUGAAACUUGCCCUGGGCUCUCUGACGCCUGCGGCCCCGAGCAAUGGGACAUCUUUUCUGCAGUGAUCAUAACUUAUUCGGCGGGGACCAGGAAACAGGAAUCUCAAGGCGACAGCAGACCAGCACCGAGGCAGGGGAACGAGAUUCCGAGACUGGAUUGCGAUGCGCCAGCCUGGCACACUCUCCAAGAUUUAACUGAAGGCAGCACCGUCAACCGCUUUCCCCUCGCCCCUAACAGCCUCAAGCCGGCCCAGAGCCAUAAGCUCUGUUCUCUUUACCCAAGAUGCUCGCCCAAUCCAACGGUCCGAGACCAGCGCUCUGAUCUCCACAGAAGAUUUUUUUUCCUUGCAUGGAGCUGGCCGUUUAAACAGAAAAACAGGGGUAAAAAAAAGGAAAUAUACCCACCCCCAAACGUGCCUCCCCAGCGCCGCAGGGAGCCAACAGACACGCUGGAGUUUAACAAACAGCAAUACUCUUCGCGCUCCUGAAAAGCAGGGCUGGACGCUCUCCGUGGUGCUGAAACGCUUCGCAGCCGCCGCUGUCCGUGGUAUCUACAGCCCCUCGCUCCAAUUUCCCCUGGGGCUCUCCCUCCGCCCCCCUAUUCCCCGCCUCCCCUUAACAUCUGGAUUAUUUUCUUUCAAUAGCGCUUUCUGGUUUUGUAAGUGCCAAUUUGAAACAUUUUUGCCCCCAUAACUCGUGGACUACAAAGCACAAGGACCUGAAAAAUGUACAGCUUCAAUACUCUUCGACUCUACCUUUGGGAGACCAUUGUAUUCUUCAGCCUUGCUGCUUCUAAGGAGGCUGAAGCUGCCCGCUCUGCACCCAAGCCUAUGUCACCCUCGGAUUUCCUGGAUAAGCUAAUGGGGAGAACCUCUGGAUAUGAUGCCAGGAUCAGGCCCAAUUUUAAAGGUCCCCCAGUGAAUGUGAGCUGCAACAUUUUCAUCAACAGCUUUGGUUCCAUUGCUGAGACAACCAUGGACUAUAGGGUCAACAUCUUCCUGCGGCAGCAGUGGAACGACCCCCGCCUGGCCUAUAAUGAAUACCCUGACGACUCUCUGGACCUGGACCCAUCCAUGCUGGACUCCAUCUGGAAACCUGACCUGUUCUUUGCCAAUGAGAAGGGGGCCCACUUCCAUGAGAUCACCACAGAUAACAAAUUGCUAAGGAUCUCCCGGAAUGGGAAUGUCCUCUACAGCAUCAGAAUCACCCUGACACUGGCCUGCCCCAUGGACUUGAAGAAUUUCCCUAUGGAUGUCCAGACAUGUAUCAUGCAACUGGAAAGCUUUGGAUACACCAUGAAUGACCUCAUCUUUGAGUGGCAGGAACAGGGAGCUGUGCAGGUGGCAGAUGGACUAACUCUGCCCCAGUUUAUCUUGAAGGAAGAGAAGGACUUGAGAUACUGCACCAAGCAUUACAACACAGGUAAAUUCACCUGCAUUGAGGCCCGGUUCCACCUGGAGCGGCAGAUGGGUUACUACCUGAUUCAGAUGUAUAUUCCCAGCCUGCUCAUCGUCAUCCUGUCAUGGAUCUCCUUCUGGAUCAACAUGGAUGCUGCACCUGCUCGUGUGGGCCUAGGUAUCACCACUGUGCUCACUAUGACCACCCAGAGCUCUGGUUCUCGAGCAUCACUACCCAAGGUGUCCUAUGUGAAAGCCAUUGACAUUUGGAUGGCAGUUUGCCUGCUCUUUGUGUUCUCAGCCCUACUAGAAUAUGCUGCCGUUAACUUUGUGUCUCGGCAACAUAAAGAGCUGCUCCGAUUCAGGAGGAAGCGGAGACAUCACAAGAGCCCCAUGUUGAAUCUAUUCCAGGAGGAUGAAGCUGGAGAAGGCCGCUUUAACUUCUCUGCCUAUGGGAUGGGCCCAGCAUGUCUGCAGGCCAAGGAUGGCAUCUCAGUCAAGGGCGCCAACAACAAUAACACCACCAACCCCCCUCCUGCACCGUCUAAGUCCCCAGAGGAGAUGCGAAAACUCUUCAUCCAGAGGGCCAAGAAGAUUGACAAAAUAUCCCGCAUUGGCUUCCCCAUGGCCUUCCUCAUUUUCAACAUGUUCUAUUGGAUCAUCUACAAGAUUGUCCGUAGAGAGGACGUCCACAACCAGUGAAGGGUCUGGAAGGUUGGGGGAGUCUGGGAGAGGGGAACAUGGGAAUAGCACAGGAAUCUGAGAGAAUAAGGAAGAGAAGGGGAAUAGGAGAAGACUAAGGGAGGGGGCAAACUUACACAACUCUCUCUACAAUAUGUGCAAUAGCAAAAUGCAGCGAUGCAUGAAUUUUAGAAUGUGGCACUAUUUAACCGCGGGUGGGCUGUGGGUGGGGGGUCAGGAGGGACUUUUCUAAUAUAGUAACUGAGGGCUGGGAGGAAGUGUUGGGGAAUGGGGAAAUAAGAGCUUUCAAAAAUCUCAGUUCACGGGCUGUGCAGUUUUCCAGUUUGGAAGGAGUGCAGUCUGCUCCAGAGCAGAAAGAAAGCAAUGUAAUAUAUGAUAUAUAUUCAUGCUUAAUAUUAAUGCAAAACCACAAGAACAAAAGAUUUGUUUCUUAACCUAUCAGCCUAGUAACUGCUUAAAUUUUUAAAGUCACAGAAGUAAUGGACAAUUUUUCCCAGAGUGGAAACAGUCACAAAUAAGCUUGCUCUGCUGUAUAUCAUACUCCUCCAAAGGCCAUACUGUCUUCAAACUGGCCCAGGCAGACACAUGCCAAAAAGCCAUUUUGCCUCUGCUUCCAGAGGGCUGUGUGGUAUGGGAAUGGGUAGUGGGAAUGGGGAAGAGUGGAGAGACGAGAAGGAGGUGACUAAAUAGAAGAACUUUUCAGAGGCCAGGGAUUGAGAAUACAGGUGACCCCAGCUCAAUCCUCAUAUCUCAAGGCUGAGGACCACAACUGUCCCUCUCUGAGCCCUCUUGCUUCUGUGCUUCAGCACCGCCCCACUCACUCUCCACCACCAUCCCAAAAUGGCCAGUGUGGUUUUCUCAUUAUAUUGCCAAUAUGCAAUCUUUUUUAUGGUUAAAAAAGUAAUAAUCUUGAAAAAUAAUAUGCAGAUAGACUGAGUGUAAACAGGUACUUUUUUCAAAUGUC